UGUAGUUUUAAGAGAAGGAGCUCUGGGAGCGUCUCUUAUCACUAGGAGGGGUUCAAUGCCUAUUUAAAGGCCCACCGCAAAACACUGAACGCUGGUUUCGAGUUUCUCCUUUUUUUGUAAAAGUGAAAAUCCAACUCAAAUUUCUUUUAGUUAGCAAAGCAAACAAGCACUGAUGUGGGUCUUUUGAAAAAGCAAAGUGGCAUAAAGUGAACUUUCAAAAACAGGGGAUACCUGUAUUUCUGUUGCCCAGUUCUGAUUUCUGAGGAAAGCAGUGGAAUCUGACACAGACUCAUCAGGCUGCCUCCAGAGUGUAUCUAAUUUUCUCUAUAAAAUUACCGAAUAUUUAAAAUGAUAAUAGCACGAAGAGAGUAAUAAAAAAAAGACCACCCUCUCACCCUUUCCAAAAUAAAUAAAUGUUCACACUCUGCUAUAUCAGCUUCUGCAUCUUUUUUAAAUAACCAAAUAAUAUGCAUGCAGAUGGUAGCACUUCUGUAUUCACCUCCACUCCUCUCGUUCCCAUAAAAAAAAAAAAAUGACUACCCUUUCAGCCCUUUCCAAACUCAAUAAAUAUUGACACUCUGCUAUAUCAGCUUCUGGUCUUUUUUGCUUUUUGUUUUGCCAAAUAAUGUGCACACUGACAGUAUCACCAUUGUAUUCCUGCAUUCCCCUCCAUUCCUCCCAUUCCCAUCCCAAGAUGGUGUUUGCUGACAUUUGAUUGUAAGUCACCUCAUCAUUUCUAUCAGAUCCAUCAACAAUAUGGAACCUAGAAACCAAACAGGAGUUUCAGAAUUCCUUCUCCUGGCACUGACAGAGGAUCCCAAAGUGCAGCCUCUCCUUUUUAGCCUGUUUUUGUCCAUAUAUCUGGUCACUGUCCUAGGAAACCUGCUCAUCAUCCUGGCCGUCAGCUCUGACCCCCACCUCCACACCCCCAUGUACUUCUUUCUUUCCAAUCUCUCAUUUACUGACAUCUGUUUCAGCACCACCACGAUUCCAAAGAUGCUGGUGAACCUCCAAGCACAGAAUCAGAGCAUCACUUACGCAGGAUGCCUCACCCAGGCCUGCUUUGUCCUGAUUUUUGGUAGUUUGGAAAGUUUUCUCCUUUCGGUAAUGGCCUAUGACCGCUAUGUGGCCAUUUGUCACCCACUGAGAUACACAGCUAUCAUAAAUCCCCGCCUCUGUGGCCUGCUGAUUCUAGUCUCCUUGCUCGUUAGCAUUGUGGAUGCCCUUCUCCACAGUCUGAUGUUGUUGCAACUGUCCUUCUGCACAGACCUGGAAAUUCCUUACUUCUUCUGUGAAGUUGUUCAGGUGAUCAGAGUUGCCUGUUCUGAAACCCUCAUCAAUAACAUCAUCUUAUGUUUUACGGCUAGCAUACUGGGUGCUCUUCCUUUCUCUGGAAUCAUUUUCUCUUAUACUCAAAUUGUCUCUUCCAUUUUGAGAAUACCUUCAGCAGGUGGAAAGUAUAAAGCUUUUUCUACCUGUGGUUCUCACCUUUCAGUUGUUUCCUUAUUCUAUGGGACAACUUUAGGUGCGUAUAUGAGUACAACAUUUACACACUCUUCCAGGAAGACUGCAGUAGCUUCAGUGCUGUAUGCUGUAGUUACUCCCAUGAUGAAUCCCUUCAUCUACAGUCUGAGAAACAGAGACAUGAAGGGAGCCUUUAGGAGCAUUAUCAGAUGCACACCUGCUUUUCAGUGA